UUUUCUUUUGCUUUAUAUUGUUUCGUGUAAAAUGGCUGAAGAUACCUUAAAUGAAUUAGCAACAAAAUACCAAUCCCUUCGUCAAAUUCCAGGUAGAAUAGGAGGAGGAGAGUACGAUGAAAGAAUCGAUUCUUCUACUGGUGAAAAAUAUCAUGUUAUGAAGGCAUUGGGUGAACAACUUGGCUUACCAGGUACACCCGCUGCUGAUAUUUUAUCCAAGUUGGGUAAACCUGAUGAACUUACACCUACAUUGGAUCAAUCCAGUGCUUCUAUUCAAACAAUGCCAGGCCCUGCUAUUCCUACAAGUGAGCAAUCUACUCAGCAUCCAUUCUAUUUUGUCUAUCAUUUGAAACCAAAGCAAGAUUAUCUUUAUUUCAAGAUUGAUCCUGUUAAGGAAACAGUGAUUAUUUCAGACUGGCAUCGUUCUUGAAUAAAACAAGAGUGUCUCAUAUAGUGGGAACUAGAAAUACCUUGCGAUUUUUUAAUUUUUUUUUUUUGAACUCUGUUUUUGUAAAGUGCAUCACUUGCCCUACACUCAUACCUAGCUUUUAAAACUUCGUACAAUGAUAAUUGUAAUGUUUAUUUAACAAAGAAUGAAUAAUGAGU